AUGGUCACGGAGAUCAAUCCGGAUGCAUUGGCUAUUGCAAAAGAGUUAGAUGAGGAGAGGGCUUGUGGGACGCUUCGCGGACCUCUCCAUGGCCUGCCGAUCCUCAUCAAAAACAACAUCGCCACAGCUGACAAGAUGAACAAUACUGCCGGAUCAUGGUCCCUCGUCGGAGCAAAAGUUCCUCGUGAUGCAACCGUGGCUGCGAAGCUACGCAAAGCUGGUGCCAUCAUUUUGGGCAAAACUAAUCUCUCACAAUGGGCCAACUACCGCUCGUCCAAUUCUUCCAAUGGAUGGUCGGCUUAUGGCGGUCAGACGACUGCUGCUUAUUACCCAAACCAAGAUCCCAGUGGAAGCAGCAGUGGCAGUGGUGUCGCUUCUAGUCUUGGUCUUGCUUUUGGAUCUCUGGGUACUGAAACUGAUGGAUCUAUUCUAUCGCCAAGUCAGCAGAGCAACAUCGUGGGCAUCAAGCCCACCGUCGGUUUGACUUCUCGCUCUCUCGUCAUCCCCAUCUCUGAGCAUCAAGACACCGUUGGACCCAUGGCUCGCACUGUCAAAGACGCUGCAUACAUUCUCCAAGCCAUUGUCGGACCGGACCAGUACGACAACUACACAUCCGCCAUCCCCUGGGCCUCCAACUCUACAAACCAUACCGUCCCUGAUUAUGUUGCUGCAUGCCAAUUUGACGCCCUCCUCGGCAAGCGCAUCGGCGUCCCCCGCAACGCAAUCGGCUCACGAACACUCAGCUCCGCCCCCCUCUACGACGCGUUCGAAGCCGCCCUGCUCGUCCUCAAAAACGCUGGUGCCAUCAUCGUCGACAACACAAAUUACACUGCGUAUGCCGCGUACCUAAACUCCAGCGCCGAAGGCACCGUGCUCUCCGGAGACUUCGGACCCAACCUCGCCGCCUACCUCUCGCAGCUCACAUACAACCCCAACAACGUCCACAGCCUCGCCGACAUUACAAACUUCACGCAGACUUCACCGUUAGAGGCGUACCCAGACAGAGACACAGCCGAAUUCGACGAUGCCCUCGCCCUCAAUUUCUCCAACACGAGUCCAGAGUUCUGGGCCGCGUAUCAAGAAGACCUCUUCCUCGGCGGGCCCGGCGGCCUCCUCGGCGCCCUCGACACAUAUGCCCUCGACGCCGUCGUGCUGCCAACUGACUACUCGCCGUCCAUCUCCGCCAUCAUCGGCGGGCCGGUGAUCACAGUGCCGCUGGGCGCAUAUCCUGCGAACACGACUGUUGAACGGACACGCAGGGGAUUGGUCGCACAGGGACCGGGAACGCCGUUUGGGAUCAGUUUUGCGGGUAGGCUGUGGAGCGAGGAGUUGCUUGUGGGGUUGGGGUAUGCGUUUGAGCAGAGGACGGGGGCGAGGAAGGGGGUGAAGCAGUAUUUGGUGCCGACGAAGGAAUUGGUGGAUGUGGUUGGGAAGUAG